AUGAUGGAUGGGUUUCAAAUCGCGAUUUCUGUCACUCUCGCUUUGCUUUGCAUUGGGAUUCUGAUUUCCCAUGUUUGAUUCUGCCAAAUUUCAACAUCUCCCUCCCCGAUCUUCCCUCAUUUCCAUAUCUCUCUCUCUCUCUCUCCGGCGCUAAUCUACAGAUCCGUAUGCAGUGUGAUUUCGACCGUUAGAUGCUGAGACUUUGAUUGAGCUUUUGACUUGGUCCGCCAUUGGAGUGUGAAAAAAGAAAGAACCUUCAGCUUCGAUGGGGCAGUGCUAUGGUAAGACCAUUCCUACUAGCGACAACGACGCUUCCACCACCAUCACCGCGGAUCGCCCGUCCCAGACUCCCGGUAGGUCUUCGGCUAACAACGGCGCAGUGAAGAACACGCCAGCUCGAUCCUCAGCGACGAGUCCGUGGCCGAGUCCGUAUCCUCACGGCGGCGCCAGCCCACUCCCGGUGGGAGUGUCGCCGUCGCCGGCGAGGUCGACUCCGAGGAAGUUCUUCAAGAGGCCGUUCCCGCCUCCGUCGCCCGCGCAGCACAUCAAGGCCUCUCUGGCGAGGCGAUUUGGGUAUGCGAGGCCCAGGGAAGGCCCGAUCCCUGAAGAUGUUGCGGCGGCGGAGCCUGAUCAGUCACUGGAUAAGAACUUCGGUUACAAUAAGAAUUUCGGUGCUAAGUAUGAAUUGGGGAAGGAGGUGGGACGAGGGCAUUUUGGUCAUACAUGCCAAGCAAGGGGCAAAAAGGGAGACCUCAGAGACCUACCUCUUGCUGUCAAAAUCAUCGCUAAAGCAAAGAUGACUACAGCUAUAUCCAUUGAAGAUGUUCGUAGAGAAGUAAAAAUAUUGAAAGCUCUAUCGGGGCAUAUACAUCUAGUCAGAUUCUAUGAUGCUUGUGAGGAUGCCAACAACGUGUACAUAGUCAUGGAAUUGUGUGAAGGUGGAGAACUACUCGACAGAAUAUUGUCAAGAGGUGGUAGAUACACAGAAGAGGAUGCAAAACUCAUUAUUGUGCAAAUUUUAAGUGUUGUUGCAUUUUGUCAUCUUCAAGGUGUUGUGCAUCGUGACUUAAAGCCUGAGAAUUUCCUUUUCUCCUCUAGAAACGAAGAUGCUAAUAUGAAGCUUAUUGAUUUUGGCCUUUCUGAUUUCAUCAGACCAGAUGAAAGACUAAAUGAUAUUGUUGGAAGUGCAUAUUAUGUGGCACCAGAAGUCCUCCACAGAUCUUAUAGUCUUGAAGCAGAUAUUUGGAGUAUUGGUGUUAUUACUUACAUCUUGUUAUGUGGAAGCAGACCAUUCUGGGCGAGAACCGAAUCAGGGAUUUUUCGUUCAGUACUAAGAGCUGACCCUAACUUUGAUGAUUUACCUUGGCCUUAUAUGUCAGCAGAAGCGAAAGAUUUUGUGAAAAGGCUUUUAAACAAGGAUUACAGGAAAAGGAUGACUGCUGCUCAAGCUCUGACUCAUCCGUGGUUGCGGAGUGAAAAUCAUCCUGUUCCUUUAGAUAUAUUGAUCUAUAAGUUAGUCAAGUCAUACCUUCAUGCUUCACCUUUCAAAUGUGCAGCCCUAAAGGCUCUUUCGAAAGCUUUAACAGUGAACGAGUUGGAUUUUCUUAGAGCUCAAUUUUUGCUCUUGGAACCUAAUAAAGAUGGAUACAUCUCUCUUGAUAACUUCAAAAUGGCUCUUGUGAGAAAUGCAACUGAUGCAAUGAACGAGUCAAGGGUUCCUGACAUUCUUAAUGCGAUGGCACCACUUGCGUAUAGAAAGAUGGAGUUUGAAGAGUUUUGUGCAGCUGCAAUUAGCACAUAUCAACUGGAGGCUGUUGAAGGGUGGGAGCAGAUUGCAUCAACAGCAUUUGAGCAUUUUGAGCAGGAGGGUAACCGAGUCAUCUCAGUGGAGGAAUUGGCUCGGAUUCUUUUAUUGAUGCAGGAAUUGAACGUGGCGCCAUCAGCUUAUUCGCAUAUCAAAGACUGGAUUCGGAGCUCUGAUGGGAAGCUUAGUUUACUUGGGUAUACCAAAUUUUUGCAUGGCCUGACGCUUCGGAGCUCAAACACAAGACAACAAUAGGUUUUUUUAGCAUUUGACAAAUGAUAGCAAUUAGAAUUCAUGGCUUUCAAAGGAUUUGGAGUUUUUUUUUUUUUUUUUUGUCCUUUUGUGGU